CUGACUGACUCACACACGCGCUGAUGCUCAAUGAUGGCGGAUAGUGCGAGUGAGAGCGACACGGACGGGGCCACCCCUCAUUGCUCCUCAUCCUCGUCCUCCUCCAUUCUCAUCUCUUCCUUCCGUCUAGAGGAGUUGUCGAACCGCCUGGCAUCUUUACAGCAAGAGAAUAAAGUGUUGAAGAUCGAGCUCGAGACAUUUAAACUGAAGUGUAAAGCUCUGCAGGAGGAGAAUAGAGACUUGCGCAAAGCCAGUGUCACCAUACAAGCGAGAGCAGAACAAGAAGAAGAGUUCAUCAGUAACACCCUGUUCAAGAAGAUUCAGGCCCUGCAGAAAGAGAAAGAAACACUAGCAGUCAACUAUGAGAAGGAAGAGGAGUUCCUCACCAAUGAGCUUUCUCGAAAACUCAUGCAAUUACAACAUGAGAAAGCUGAACUGGAGCAGCACUUGGAACAGGAACAAGAGUUUCAAGUGAACAAACUGAUGAAGAAGAUCAAGAAGCUGGAGAACGACACAAUCUCCAAACAGCUCACCUUAGAACAGCUCAGACGUGAGAAGAUCGACUUGGAAAACACUUUAGAGCAAGAACAAGAAGCUCUUGUGAAUCGGCUAUGGAAACGCAUGGACAAACUGGAAGCAGAAAAAAGGAUUCUUCAGGAGAAGCUUGACCAGCCUGUUUCUGCUCCUCCAUCCCCGAGAGACAUCUCUAUGGAGAUCGACUCACCUGAGAAUAUGAUGCAACACAUCACAUUGCUCAAGAGUGAGGUGGAGCGUCUGAAGAAGAACCUCCGCACUUCAGAACUACAGCAUACAGAGAAAAGGGCUCAGUACAUAGAAGAAGAGCGCCACAUGCGGGAGGAGAACGUCCGCCUGCAGAGGAAGCUCCAGAGGGAGGUGGAACGCAGGGAGGCGCUGUGCCGGCAGCUCUCUGAGAGUGAGUCCAGCCUGGAGAUGGACGAUGAGAGGUACUUCAAUGAGAUGUCCGCUCAAGGCCUACGUCCCCGUACCGUAUCCAGCCCCAUUCCCUACAGCCCGUCCCCGUCUUCCAGCAGACCCAUUUCACCAGGGUUGUCUUAUGCGAGUCACACAGUGGGCUUCACCCCGCCAACUACUCUGACCAGAGCAGGCAUGUCCUACUACAACACACCCGGCCUGCAUGUCCACGUAGGAGCCUCGCACGGCAUAGCAAGACCCUCCCCAAGAAGAAGCAACAGUCCUGAUAAAUUCAAGCGGCCCACGCCUCCACCUUCCCCCAACACGCAUGCUGGUGUGCAACCACCACCUCCCCCGCCACCCACCGGACACCCAACAUCAUCCCAGCAGUCCAUGCAGCCAUAGGUCAAUGCGCCAUCGGAGAGGACUCCAAACAGAGCUGCUUCACUGUAACAUCCUUUAUGCCAAAGGAUUAAAAAUCCUUAUCUUCGUCUCGCACUGAAACCAUUCAUUUGUCUUGUGUUCAUAGUUUUCUGUUUGGAAGAAUGUGUCCACUUGAGACACGGGGUAAAGGCAUUUCCAGCUCAGAGGGAAUGAACACGUCUUUGGUGUAUAGCACAGUUUUAGCAAGUACUUAGUGCUUUGACAUCGGUGUGUGUCAAGCGAUCUACGCCCAUAGCAAUCUCUUAGAAAUUGCUUGUUCGUAGAUGGUUUCAUAUAUUUUUUUCAUGUUUAGACACUUUAAAAGUGUCAGCCAGAGUAGACCAUUAGGACGUUCCAGAAAGCCAAGGGUAGGUUCGGUACUUCAGAUGGAAUCAUGGACAAAGCAUCUAAUGGCCUUUUAUUGAUAAUACUCUGGCCCAAAUAUUACUCUUAAAUUAUCAGUUAA